GACAGCUGCACUUCUCACACCAUGUCAUGAUGCAGCAGUUUCUUUCAUUUGGGGAAAGCACAGAGGUUCGUAGCAAUGUGUGACUUGGAGACCCAGCUGCUUAAUUAUGUCUGAAAUAUGGAGCUCUGCAUAAUGUACAGUUACCAGGACUGCAGCCAAGUGCAGGUAGCUCAUACGUGGAUGUUGAACAGAGCUUCUCUGGAGGAGGGUUCGCUACGUUUACCUUAUCACAGUAUCUGCCCAGAACUGAAGGCUGACGUCAACAGGAAACAAUGAAGGAUUCGCAGCGGUGGAAAGAGUCCCAGUCCAGAAGUGACCCUUCGGAAUUCACUGAGAAGGAGAAGGAAAUGAUGGCUGAGACCGAGCUCCGGAAGCUGCAGCAGCAAUUUCGGAUGAUGGUAGAAAGACGGAAGUCUUUUGGUGUCAAGGCUCAACAGCAAAUGUACCAUCAGGAAAAAGAAAUAUAUUCACUGAAGCAGGAACAUGAAGAGAUUGCAUUACUCUUGAGCCUUACAAAGUCACAGAGAAAUAUGAUGUUAGAUGACAGAAAUUGUAUGGAGCUUAAAUUUCUUUUACAGACCAAAGAGGAAUAUGAUUCUCUGAUUAAAGCAACAAAAGCCCUGAUAGCUGAACUUGAUGAUAAGGUAAUGGAGAUGGAAAAAAAGAUCAAAACUCAAAAACUGAUUGUAGCAAAGGUGAAACAAGCGAAUGAUAGCAAAUGGCUGCAAAAGCAGAUUCAGAUGCUGGAGAAUCGCCUAAACCAUACCACUGUCCGUUUCGAUACCAUCCUGACCACGAAUGCCACACUCAGAGAAGAGAUUGAAAACCUGCGAUUUCAGAAAGCUAUUUUUGACAACUUCUAUUCAAAACUCCAUAAAAGACUAGAUCAGCAGAGGAAAACAAUGGACGCUGCAAUUGAUCAGUCCAGCCAAGCAUACGAACAAAGGGUGGAGGCACUGGCACGGGUUUCCGCCAUGAAGGAAAGGCGCUGCAAAGACAUCGCACAGUAUAAUGUGGAAUUCAGGGAACUGGAGCGUGUCUUUGACCACGAGACCAAGCUGAAAGCCUUUAUGCUCAUCAAAUUAGUGGAUCGCUCAGACUUUGAGGAACAGGCCAAAAGGGAAGAAGCCCUCAAGUCAAGCAAGCGGGCCAGAAAGAGCAAAGGCGAAAGCUUUGAGAGCUACGAGGUGGCUUAUAUGCGCCUGCUGAAGCUGAGCGAGGACGGGGACAUUGGCCAGCUGGUGGCAAAUUUCAUCGAGAAGGAGGAGAAGAACUUUGCGUAUUUCAGCUACGUCACCGAGCUGAACAACGAAAUGGAGAGGCUGCAGAAGAAGACACAGGACAUUCAGAAUGAAAUUCUUGACUUAAAAUCCCAACAGAAGUUUGCUGAUGACAAAAGCAACACCAGUCUCAAGGAGAUGGAGGAGAAGCUGAAGAAAACCACCGAAGAGGCCAACCUGUACGAGUACACCUGUAAAGAGAGCAGCAAGGUCCUGGACCAGCUCAAAUCCGCUGUGGACUUUCUGUUUAAACAAAUACAGUGCAAGGACACCAAGAUAACGGAGCAGCUUGGCGAGAGUGGGGAGAUCACGGAUCUGAACCUGAUGCAGUAUUUUGGUAUCAUAGAAAAGAAAACCAACGAUCUCCUGCUCAUUGAAUCCUUCCUGCGCUAUAAGGAGGUCGAGGGAGAGCAGGAUUCGCUCCCUUUAUUGAAUCCAUUUUUGGGUGGCACCGGACUCCUUAAAAGUACAGAUGCAGCGAAAUUACCCCCAUCUUCCCCUACCAUAGAGCAUGUAGUAGAGAACAUAGAGGAUGUUGAUUGGCCUUUGGACCAUGGCAGUUUGCGCAGCCUGAUUAUUGGGAACUUGGAGAAGGACGAGUCCAGUAGGAUCUCACUGGACAAAGAGAAGAAGAGAGGGAUAAUUUUAUAGACUGGGAAAAGCAAAUACACUGAGUAUAAAUAAUAGGUUCUUAAUUCACUUGAAAUCAAAA